CUGUAGACUUCUGUUGCACUGAACCAUCUGUCUUGAGCUCUGGAAGCCAUGCCCAGCUCUCUGUCCCCUCUGCCUGCCAUGGCUUCGUUGGACAUCGCAGCACUACGGUCUCAGCACACAUGGCUUGGGAGCAGAGAGCCAGCUGAGGCAACCUAAUGGUCUAUGAUCAGACAGCACAUCUACCUCAUGCCUAAGGUGAAUAGAUGGAAUCGUUUUGUUACACCGAGCACAACGAACAUCCCAUUUUCAUGCCUGUCACCGCUCCACGGGCAAAACCAUGGGCUGCUGACUUUGCGCUGUUCCCAAGCUUCCUUCUGAGACACUGCAUUGUAGCUCUACCUGAUCUAUAGAUAGAGUUUGCCUGUUAUCCCAUGUUUUUAACUCUUCCAAAAUGCUUAUUCCCGUUUUAACCAUCAUCCCAAUGCAUCAUCAUUACAUUUCUUCAUUUUAGUAUUGACAAGAAUAGUUAAUGUUUUCCCUCCUAGAUCCAACAAAGGAGGUAUGUGUCCCACUUUCACAAGAAAAUCUUUACAAUUACUUUUGGUGUUCUUUUACAAGAUGCUAAAGUGCUCAUUUCACACAAACUCUACUACUCUUUCUGAAGAGCUGUGCGUGUUUUAUUUUGAAUUCCCUUAAUUCCAGCUGGAAUUAAACCCACACUAAACCCACAGUUCAGCUGCAACUCACUGGGUUGUUGAUCUAACAGUUUAAGAGCUAGAAGGGCAUUGUAAGAGGCUAUUGCUUUUCCCAGUCUGCUGUUUAAGAGCAGGCCAACACAUAGAAAAGACUAUAUAAUGGUGGGAAUAACAGGGAUCAGAACUCCCUCAAAUAACAAAAAGUGUGUAGUUUGGAAUAUGAUGGGAGAUGAUCCACUGAGAUCCCAACAUCAGCUUUAUUCUGAUAGUUACCUCUAGCUCAACACUGGUCCCAACACACAGGUCCUGCGCAGCACCUCUGGUAUUGUCCUAAAAGUACUCUAGCACACCGCAGCAUGUAGCUUCUUCCUUCAUCUGCUUCCAGACCACAGGUUAGAGGACAGCAAUCACAUGAUGUUUCUUUCUGGGGUCAACAGUUUGAAUUUCUUUACAAUUAUUUUUAUUAUUAUCAGCUAUUAUUUCACAGCUGCUAUUUCUGGCUGGAACAUGACUCUUCUCACCUUCAGAGAGACAGCAAAUUCCACUGCAGUUGCCUUAAACCACCUCUCAUGUUGAGCUCUGCCUACAGACCCAGCUUUCUUCCGCUCUCGCGCUGGGUUUGCAUUUAGGUAUCCUAUUCUCCGCGCUUUUUUUUCCUCCUCUCAUGCUCUUUAUUCACAGGCUUCCGCAUGGUUUAUUAGGCCUUUAGCCUCGCCACUGUAACACGCGGCACGCCUCACCGGGCAGACGCUGUGCCCUGGCCCACGGCGGGAGCCUGUACCCAAAACUGACAGACCCCUUCCAGGAGCAGCGCAAGGGCAAAUCUAACCGAGCCCACAGGCACGGCCGCCUCCGUGACCGCCGCACCGCCGGCCCCCGGGGGCCUGGGGCCUGCUCCGGCUGCAGAGCCGAGGGAGCCGGGGCAGCGGGAGAGCCCCGGCCCGCGGGCACCGCGCCCGCCUCCGCCCCCCGCCCGACUUCUCCGGCCGCCAAGCGAGCCCCGGGGCCGCGGGAAGGGUGACGCCCCACACUUUGGACCCUCCUCGCUUCCCGUCCGCCUGAGGGGAGCGACCGGCGGAGAGCCGCAGCCUCUCCCGGAGGAGGCGGUGGCGGGACGCGAACACUCAGCCAGGCGAGCUGCUUCCUCCUCCUUCUUCCUAAGAUGGCGGCAGACUCCGCGGAGCAGUUCUGCGUGGCCGAGGAGCGGAGCGGCCACUGCGCCGUGGUGGACGGGAACUUUCUCUAUGUGUGGGGGGGAUACGUGUCAAUUGAAGAAAAUGAAGUUUAUCUGCCUAAUGAUGAGCUCUGGAUCUAUGAAAUGGAUAGUGGGUUAUGGACAAUGCACCUAAUGGAAGGGGAGUUACCUACCUCCAUGUCAGGAAGCUGUGGGGCAAGCAUUAAUGGGAAGCUGUACAUUUUUGGUGGAUUUGAUGAUAAAGGAUACAGUAAUCGGCUGUAUUAUGUUAAUUUGCGAACAAAAAAUGGAACCUAUAGGUGGAAAAAAAUUACAAAUUUUAAAGGUCAACCUCCUACACCACGUGACAAGCUUUCCUGCUGGGUGUAUAAGGACAGGCUAAUAUAUUUUGGUGGCUAUGGCUGUAGGAAGCAUAAUGAACUGAGUGAUUGUUUUGAUGUCCAUGAUGCAUUUUGGGAAGGACAGAUAUUCUGGGGAUGGCAUAAUGAUGUUCAUGUUUUUGAUACAACCACACAAACUUGGUCUCAACCAGCGAUUAGAGGUGGAGAUCCACCUCAGCCUCGAGCAGCCCAUACAUGUGCUGUGCUGGGAAAUAAAGGUUACAUCUUUGGAGGACGAGUGCUGCAAACUAGAAUGAAUGAUUUGCACUGCCUGAAUUUAGACACUUGGACUUGGUCUGGAAGAAUUAAUAUCAGUGGAGAGAAACCAAAAGAUCGAUCCUGGCACACGCUGACUCCGAUAGGAGAUGACAGACUUUUUCUUUUUGGUGGACUAAGUUCUGAUAAUGUUCCUUUAAGUGAUGGCUGGAUUCACAGCAUUACAACAAAUGGAUGGAAACAACUUACCCAUUUGCCUAAGAGUAGGCCUAGAUUGUGGCAUACAGCUUGCCUUGGAAAAGAAGGAGAAGUGAUGGUGUUUGGUGGAAGCAAAGAUGACUUGCAUUUCAUGGACACAGGUCACUGCAGUGACUUGUUGAUAUUUCAGACGCAGCCUUAUUCACUCCUCAGGUUGUGUCUUGACUGCAUUGGUAAAAAUGCAACUCUCUUAAAGAAUCAAAUACCAUGCUUGCCAUCAAAACUUUUGCAGCAAGUGCUGAAAAAAAUAACCUUCUGGGCUGCAGUUAACCACCGGCAAGAGAAAAAAGCUGAAACUGAAAGACAAAGUCAACUAAAUACCACAUGAACAGUGGCGACAAAACUGUUGGAACACUUUGGUUUAUUUACGGUGUACAGCAAAGUCUUUUGUUAGUGAACUUUACUAAUGCUACAGAACAACUGUAUGUUAAGCUGAGUUUCUAAGUGAAGUUUGAGAACAAAGAAAUCCUUUUUAUGGAAGUCUCUUUUGUUUUCUGCAUUAUAGGAAACUGCUAAAACUUCAUUUGUAUAUAUUGUUAACUUCUGCUGUUGUGGUCUUAAUGACAGUCCAUACAACUUGUUAUUUUUGAAGGUGACAGAUGUUACAAAAUAUUUCCAGUUGGAUAAAAUAUGGCUUAUGUCUAAAAUCUUACUACAGCCUUAUCCACAUCAGCCUUUCUUGAAAAGAUAAAAUUAGUUCAACACAGUAUCUUUGGAAGAUUCACACUUGUUCAGUUUUGAAAAAGGUAACUAAUUUGCUGACACCACCAAAUCUUCAUUGUUUCAUUCCACGAGACUCUGUCAUCUGACCAUCAAGUCAAAUGAUGGCGUCAGACUUCUUACCCGAAGUAGGAAAAUCAAUAAGCUAACCGUGAAACUUGAAUUAAAAAGCUGCAGGGAGCAGCAUUACCCUUUGUAUAGGAAAGCUUACAUGCAGUUCACAAUAUGGUUUUACUACGUUUCUGUAAUCAAUGAGUCCUUUUUGAAAUAGGUUGUAUAUUGUAUUUUGGAUGUGUAAAGUUUAUAUUUAAUUCUUGUUUAAAAAAAUGCUUAUUUAUUGUUUAAAAAGAGCGUAUGUAGUACUUGCUAUUUUUCUGUUUCGAAUAUUUAGUUAACAGGAGCACAGUCAUUAAAAUUUUAUAGAGAGUUGAAUCGAGA